UGAUCUGGUUCCCAGGAGGGCCUCAGACUCUCUGUCUUUUAAGAAGAUGCAGGAAAUUAAAAAGUACCACAGUGCAGAUAGGUCGACCCCCAACCAGGAACCCUGGCACCACUCCCAGGAGAAGACAGGCCCUGCCCACACCAGCCCCGCCCGUACCCACAGCCGGCUCGAGCCAGACACGACCAGGCCCCUGAGCCUGGAGGACAGCAGCUGUCCCCAUGUCCAUAGCUAGCUUAUCAGGCUGCUACCAGCUCCUGGGUGAGUGGGUGUGUCCUGUGCAGAGAGAGAGAUGACACAUCGGGAAGUACGUCAUCUUGUCAUCACUGUGACAUUACAAGAAUUGCAGCCAUGGCUUACCUCUUUAUAAACGUGAACCCGUGCACCUUUCAGUCCAGCCUCAGCCUGCUGUGAAGCCGGUCAGCCAUGCGGAUCCUGUACCUGCUGGGCGUGUUGCUCCUCUUGUUCCUGAUGCCCCUACCAGGUAAGUCAGGUGGGAAAGAGGGGCUGAGAGGACCAGUGUCGGCGCAUCCAGGCCUCUCCAUUCUCCCACAUUCCCUGGGGGGCGGCCGGUGCGCCAUGCUGGGCUGCCUCUCCAAGGAGGAGCAGAUAGGCCGCUGCUCUCUCCGGGGUCGGAAAUGCUGCCGGAAAAAGAAAUAGGGAUCAGACGUGAGGAGAAUGUUGGGGCGAUCCCUCCUUCAAGUUUAUAAAGCUAAAACCAAAUUAAAAAUUUUUUUCAAAAAU